AGCAGCACAGGGCCCAGGGGCGUGUAUGUACGUGUAACAAGAGGAUCUUUAUCGAACUCUUUUAUGUCCGCAGGACGGGAAAAUACUUCGGAAAAGAUGAUGAAAUAUGGCAUUUACAGUGUUCAAGAUGGGUCCAGGCUGGUCAGAAUUCUGAUUGGUCUGUUCAUCAUUGUUAGCAUCGUCUACUUCCUGUUUGGCCGGAAAUCGUCACAUGACAUCAAAGCAAUGUCACAUGACACGAAUAAACAGUCACAUGACGUGAGCAAAAUCCAUGAGGUAUGCGAACAAUCAAAUCAUGGAAAUGUUAUUAACAGUGGAACUCCGCCCAACAGCCACACCCACACCCCACACCCACAAAGCCUCACGGUGCCGGCUAUUCCUGAUGACAUCAUCGCCAGAAGCAAAGACAUGUUAAUUACCACAGGCUCCAUCACAGCUCAAGAUUGCCAGGUAUUCUACAGAGAAGUGGUUCCGCAGGGAGACAAGAAGGAGACAGUGUUACUGCUCCAUGGACAAUCCUUCACGUCGGAGACCUGGACUGAGAUCAGGACUCUCCAGAUGUUGGGAGGCAUGGGUCAUAGAGCCGUGGCCGUUGAUCUGCCUGGUGAGACAGGGAGGGAUGGGAGAAUUGAAUCUGAUUGGUCAACAUCAAGAGGCAGAAAGAGUCUGUGUAUCAUAUGUCUGAUCUAUGUAGUUUAUGUAAUAUGUUCAGCGAGAGUUGAAAAAUGCAACUGUUGUAACAGCAAUGGCAACAGGUUCGCGAUUAUUCAGUUUGUUGGUUAGGCCUUCUCACUGAAAUAAGGACACCUCACUAAUAUGGACACUUUCUUCAGCCCCGUCGGUGCCUGGAGUAGAGGAGUUCCACUGUAUAUAUUAGCAAACUGUUUGUCUCCAAACGACAGGUUAUGGAGUUCAAAAGGAGCCUUGAAAGACCCGACACACUUCCUCGGUGAUCUUCUCCCCCGGCUGUCGGUGACGACGCCUGUCGUGGUCGUCAGUCCCUCCAUGAGUGGGAGGUUCUCUCUCCCUUUCCUCACUGAAUCCCCCGACAAGAUGAGGGGGUUUGUACCCGUGGCUCCUGUGGACUCUGACAAGUUCAGCGACAAAUAUGAGAGUAUCCAGGUACCAACAGCAAUAGUCUAUGGAGAGAAAGACAAACGUCUCGGGGAAUGGUCCUACAGACAUCUGAAACUCCUCCCCAACCACAGAGUGGUGGUGAUCCCCGGAGCGGGACAUGCAGCAUACAUGGACAAUCCCACACUAUGGCACACAGUUCUCUACAACUUUCUGAACUCUUUGUGAAUUCAUUAUUAUUAUUAUUAUGCGGAACA